UCCCCGCCCGACGCAUUACUCAGGACAAUGUCGCCGAGAUUCGAGCCCAAAACCACGCCAUCUUUUGCCAUGAUUCCUUGGUGGCCUCACGAUGGGAAUCGACGAGGCUUUGGGGUCGCUGGUGAGAUGGGGCUUUGCCGGAUGCGGAUACUGCGGCAUUGAUUGCUGUGCGUCGAAAUAAAUCUGGUGUACAUGAAUGUACAGAAAGGUAGUAGACGGUGUGGCUUUAGCUUGGACGUAGCGAUGGCCGGUGGAUGUUUUGGGUACAUAGUUGGAUGAUGUACACGUCUGUACAGGAAGAAUGACGGUAUCGUCCGACUGACAGCAAACAACAUUUGAACAGCAACAUGGCUGCUCCGAGCUAACCAAAGCGGCGUAGCGGUGGCUCAACCCCCGACCCUGGUGAUUCAUGGCGUCGCCUGCCUGUUGACCCCUUGCAUCGCGACGCUCGAGGGCUUCCAAGCAAGCACUUUGACCGGCAUCCCCCAUUGCGCAAGCAAAUUGACAGCAACUCUGGCAGCCGCUUAGCAGGCCUUGGCCGUGCACCUUGGUUAGAUGUAUACAUAUUAUAUACCUGUACAGACACACGAAUACGCGUGCUGUCCAGCUCUCCCCUGUUCGCUUUUGGAUCCAUACGUCCAUUACAUCCAUCCAUCAUUCCAAUCCAUCAAGCAUGGUACACCCGUAGACUCCAGAAUACAUGUACACUGUCCAAGUGUAUAUACAUAUAUGACUACCAGACACCUGCAUGUAUCACGACCAUGUAGCCAGACAUCUGGUCCCUGCUGUUUCCCCAACCGAUAAUUUUUUUUUUUUCGUCUUCGGUUCGUCUUGGUGGCCGACUCCCCACUACGUCAUCUCCGCCGAAGCGAUACAGGGACUCACCCUCUCGCUCUCCUCCCCUUCCAUCCCAGCCAGUAACUUAGUUGGCUAGUAUUGCUUUCUGCCUCUGCCAUCACCAAGCAACUCCAUGCCGAUGCGCUAAGCCGAAUGUUCACGCUUGCUGCCACUCGUGCCUGGCCCGUCAGGACGUCCUCUCCUCCUCUCUAUUGAGUCCUCUUCCCUUGACACCUCCCAGCGAAGGAGCAAGGGGACUGCCACCCGCUACAGCAUGGAUAGGGACCGUACGAAGCCCUCGCCCUCGCCCUCACCAGCCAACUCGCCGAACCAAAACGUCACCGCUUCCCCCUCUUCGGACCUCCCUCCAGCAUCGCCACCACCCUCCAACCACCGCCCUACUUUACAACGGCAGCCCCAUUCCUCAGUGCCACCGCCAAAUCGCUCCCCCAACCACCAUCACCCUCCUCCUCCUCCUUCCCACUCUGCCCAGAGUGACGAUGCCGAUUCCGCUACAGACACGGGUAUGAGCGAUGAUGGGGAAGAGGGCUCCCAAGCCCAAUAUCCCGAGGGCCACCACCCCCAGCAACUCGCUCACCAGGGCCCUAUACCAGAAAGCGCGUUGCGCAGUACUAAACAACCCCCCAUAGGCGACUCGUCACCGGACGAACUGGAGAUCGAGAGAUUGCGAAGCCUGCAACUCAAAGCCAUCCAGAAACAACAGCGUGCGCGUGGAAAAUCGGGCGCGAGCGCGAGCACCAUGGCAACCAUGGCACGUCGCGUGUCUCCCAUUAAAGAGGAGCCUGCGCUCUCAAUGUCGCCUACCCUAGAGGGAGCUUUCAGCAGUCCACUACCUACAGGACAAACCACCUCGACAGCAUCCACCGAGUCCACUGAGAGUGCCAGAACCAUCCGAGGUAGCGUUCCGCCUACGCCUGCUGGCCGAUCUCUCCGUACCCCAUCCUAUCCGUUCCCCACCGUCCCCAAUACUCCCAUGACAUGGUCAAACUCCUUCCAUCAGCCUUUCACCAGUCUAUCACCGACUGUCUCCGCCAUGUACGGCAGAGACUUUGCAUCGCCGAGAGAACAAAUCGCUUCAGAAUCGAGCACCCCUGCAGCAUCCGCCAUGCCAUUCGCGCCUGGUGAUAAAGUCCUCAACAGUCCCUCAGCUGAGGACCCGCGCUACCCCAGCCCAAACAUGUAUGAGCUGGUCUUGCAACUGUGUGCUGAACCUGGUCUUGCUGCUUGGUGGGCCACUGUCACGACUCUUAUGCAGGACUACUACGGUGUACAAAGAGCGACGCUCGCCGUUCCAGCCGAUACAUCGGACAUUGAAAAUGUUCCGUGGGGACAGAAGACGACGUUCCAUUCGGCUGCACCGGGAGACAGCCCUCAGAUGACUGUCUUUCACGACGCCAACUCAACACCGCUGCGAGGACCGUCCGAUCAUUCUUCAAGCCCAGACCGCAACCAACCGAACGAUUCACCACCGUUGCCUUCGAGUCUCAUCUCGAGGCCAAAGCUACCGUCGCGACAUUCCUUCGCUGGACACGAACGUCAGCGGCGGGACAUACCUUCGGAUAGCUCUGCCUCGCCUUUUCCUGGGCGACCGCGUGGACCUCUGAGAACAGCCAGCCAUGUUCCCCAAUCCAACCCACGAUCAGAGCAUCCUUUAAGGCAAGUAUCACCCGUGUCACUCGAUGGCGCUAGUCGAACGCAGCCGAAUGUGACUCCGAUGCGAGGGCCCACGUUCAGCGACCCCGAUUUCUCAAGCGUUGGUGGGGCAGACCCUUCUCAUCUGACCGCUGUUUUCCCCGUGUUACGCGCUCUGGAUCAUGAGCCGGAUGCGCUGAUUGAUAAUUCGGGAAUCAACCGCGUCUUGGAGAGAGGACGUGUCGUGACACUGACAAGGGACUACUCGAGUUCUCUCUCGGCAUCCAAAAACAGUCCCGUGGAAUCCGAUCGUGAGGAACAACCCAAAACAACAUCCAAAACUUCGACCAUCCCAGGCCCAGAACGGAAUCCCAACCUGAAAGGUCGUAUAGGAAAAUUUGGAACUGAUGCACAUGACGUUGCGACGCAGUCCUACUAUGAGGAGUAUGAACAGUUUCCCAGCUCUCCGUGGGCGCAAUCCCCUGCUCCGUCCCCAGCAAUACAGAAUGAUCCCUCAGAGAACCCCUUCUUCUCGGCGGGCAAUGUCGAUGAAGACACGUUUAAUCCUUCCAGUUCUACUCAAGAUUAUGCACAGUUUGGAAUAGUCGAGGCGAUUGGCGUGGACAAAGCCAGCACCGUUACCCACAUCCCUCUUAUACACCCUACUCAAUCUCAAGCCAUGCAACCCCACGAUAUCGCAAGCCCAACGUCCACCCCGUCGAUGUCGCGCAGAGCGUCAGAUCAGACUACCGCGGGAGACGUCUUCAAAGACGGCUACCAGCGCAAAGCACCAAUCGCGAUUCUCUCCAUCCUAUCACCCGUCGUGCCUUAUCCGCGUAAUCUGACAAACUCGCUCAAACUCCUUGGGCCCCAUCUUGCGACAUCCUUUUCCAACGCCUGGCAAUUUACAAAUGCGCAAGCACAAGCAACUGGUAUUAGGCAACGUCGAUUUAUGGCCGGGCAACAGCCGGGAGGUAGCACUGUACAUGAUCCGGAGAGUCUUGACGAAUUGCUGCAUCUUGACUUGGAGGAUUUCACCCAUUCAGCUGCCGGCAGUGUCACCAGCCCUUCGGAUUACUCCAGUCGAUCCAGACAUAGCCCAGGAGGCUCUUUCGCCGGGACACCAGGGUGGGACCCUUCGUCAUUGGGACUUUCGAGUAAGCAUUCCAUCGGUAGCACUCCCGGUUAUCUUGCUGGUAGUGAGGCCAUUGAAGGCUACUUCGAUGCGAAAAAGAAAACCACCAGAGCUUCAUCACAUGCUGUCUCGGCAUCGCAAGAGCCAAUCCGAAAACCAGAAAUCCGUCUUGCAAAACGAUCAAACGCAAGUAUCGAUGCCGAACUCUCCAAAGAUGAUAUAUCUACGCCUACACCUAUGCCCAGAACUGGGGCCGCCGACGAUGUAUCAAGCACGCGACGAGCCAGAGUCCUACAUCCUCAGAGCGGACAGCAAAAUCGAGGUCACUCGUUGUUGCAUUCGUACGGUGCAGACUUCAGUUCUUCAUUCCAAUCGCUACCAGCAGCUACCACUCCUGCACGGACACCGGGUGCACCUUCCACGCAGACGAGGUCUAGUUCUAUUGCUGAGGGCCAAGAUGUUCCAAUGCCACCACCGUCCGAGAAUCUUCUCCGUACCAUCAUCGAUUCUCUACCCGUUCAGAUAUUCACGGCCCUCCCAACCACUGGCGCUCUUACCUGGGCGAACGCGAAAUUCCUAAUAUACCGAGGCCAAGAAUCUCACCAGGUGCUACGUGGACCGUGGGAUGCGAUUCACCCCGAAGACCGUACCGAUUACAUAGCGCAGUGGAACAAAUCGCUGAGAACUGGACAGCAGUUGCAACAGAAAGUCCGGCUACGCAGGUUCGAUGAUUGCUACCGAUGGUUCUACGUACGAGUAGCACCCUUGAAAAAUAAACGCCAACAGAUCGUCCACUGGAUUGGGACGAACAUGGACUUCCACGAACAGCAUCUUGCGGAGUUAAAUGCUGCACGCCAACAAGAAACAGCUGCAUCAGAGGCCAAAUACCGUGCCCUUGCCAACUCUAGUCCCCAGGUAGUGUUUGUGGUGUCAAAUCGACGUGGACUCACCUUCUGCAACUCUCAGUGGCAGGUGUACUCUGGGCAAACAGAAGCCCAGGCGCGAGGUAACGGCUUUCUCGAGCAUGUUCACCCGGACGACAUCGUCAAGUGCAAGCUUCCGGAGAUGAACGAAGAGGGUACUGUCGCUGUCAAUGUACCUACCUCAUUGCCUUCGGAGCAUGCACGCCAGACUUCUUCUGAUUCUUCCGAAAAUUCAUCCGUUGUAUCUGAGCAGACUCCUACCAGCCCUGUAGCACAUUCACCUGACAGAAUGGAUUUACCCCAAGCGAAACUUUCCAAACUUGCAAGCACUGGCAUUUUGAAAGUUACCAGAAAUGCCGAUGGUCGUGCCUCGUAUUCCACUGAAGUCCGUCUGCGUAAUAAAGAUGGCGAGUACAGAUGGCACCUAGUGCGGGUGCUACUCGAGAAAUCAUUGGCCGAAGACAAUGACGAAGAAACAUGGUACGGUACUUGUACUGAUAUCAACGAUCACAAACUUCUUGAACAAACGCUCAAGGAAACAAUGGAUGCAAAGACCAGAUUCCUCAGCAACAUGUCACACGAGAUACGAACGCCGCUUAAUGGUAUAUCUGGAAUGGUGAAUUUUCUCUUGGACAGCGUGUUGAACGCAGAGCAGCUGGAGCACGUCAACAUCAUCAAAGCCAGCACAGACAGUCUCCUCAAUCUCAUCAACGAUAUCCUCGACCUAUCCAAAGUUGAAGCUGGGAUGAUUAAGCUCACAAUGGAGUGGCUUCAUCUGCCAUCCCUUCUAGAGGAGGUCAACGAUCUCAACAUGGGAUUGGCUAUCCAGAAAGGCCUCGAACUCAACUAUCUUAUGGAAGAAGAUGUCCCGUCCAUGGUGAAAGGUGAUAAAUUCCGCAUCCGUCAAGUAUUACUGAACGUGGUAGGAAACGCCAUCAAAUUCACUCAGAAGGGUGAAAUAUUUGUGCGCUGCCAAUUGCAACCUUCCGAGCGGUCCAGCGACAAGAAAGAUAAUGAGACUGUGGUCCGAUUCGAGGUCAUCGACACUGGUGGAGGCUUCAGUGAGCAUGAGGCCAAGUAUCUCUUCAAGCGAUUCAGUCAGAUCGAUGGUAGCAGUACCCGACAACACGGUGGUACGGGCUUGGGCCUAGCAAUCUCUAUGCAAUUCGUGGAACUACACGGUGGCAUCAUGAAUGCUCACAGCAUCCCUGGAAAAGGUUCCACAUUUUUCUUCACAAUCAAGUUUGGCCUUCCCACCGAUACCGACUUCCCUCAGCCGGCCACCGCAACACCUGGAACCCCGGUCUCAGAACCCACGACAACACUUCCACCUGCGCAGCCGUCCUCUUCGCAACGACCCAUGCUUCCUCAAGCUCUGGCAAAUGUCCGUCAAGAUCGGAUGUCAAGCACGUCAUCUGAUCGUAGCGAGUCGAUUAAAUCACCUGUUCCGAGCUUAUCAACUUCGGAACGCUCUCAUGAGUCUCCCUCACUGUCUUCUGGAAGCUCGGAUCAUUCCCUUACUAGUGCUGUCCUCACUGGGAAGUCAAGCUUACGGUCCGAGAGGACAUCGGCUUCAUCCUUCUUACAAGAAGCUUCUUCGCCCAAAAGCUCGGACCUCAAGCUUGCUCUGCCUACCAAGAAACAAGCCAACGAUCGCGACUCGAAGUUAGACGGCUCGACGCUCUCUCCAGAAUCGGAAAAAACUCCUCGGUCGCCUGAGCCACGCAGUCUUUCGCCCCUUGCCAGCACGUUGACACCCCCGAUGUUUUCCAUCCUGGUAGUAUGCCCCUUGACGCAUAGCAGGGAAGCGACAAUUCGUCAUAUCAAAAACACGCUUCCUGCAGACAUCCCUCACCAGGUCACCGGCCAGUCAAAUCUUUUUGAAGCUCAAAAAAUGAUCGGUGGCGACAACCCCGUCUUGUUCACACAUGUGGUUCUGGUGUUGCACGACACCCUCGAAGUCAUCGCCAUAAUGGAUCAGAUAUUAAAUUCGAUGGUCCACGGUAACACCUCAAUCGUGGUAGUAUCUGAUCCGACCCAGAAGAAGGAUCUGAUGAAGGAAGCACCUGCCUACGACUACACCCAGCUCAUAACUGAUCGUCGAUUGCAGUUUAUAUACCGUCCACUGAAGCCAUCCAAAUUUGCUGUCAUCUUCGAUCCACAAAAGGAGCGAGAGUUGAGCACCGAUCGCAAUCAAGAUACCGCGCAGCAGGUUGUCUUCAAUCAAAAGCUAGUAUUCGAAGAGCUCAAACGUAGGCUGGGGGGCAAGGGCCACAAGGUACUUUUGGUGGAGGACAACCACAUCAACCAAACAGUUAUUCUCAAAUUCUUAGCAAGAAUCUCCGUGGAAACAGAGACGGUGCUUGAUGGUGCCCAGUGUACUGAUAUCAUGUUUUCCAAGCCGCCCGGUUAUUUCUCCAUAAUUUUGUGCGACCUCCAUAUGCCCAACAAGGAUGGCUACCAAGCCUGCAAAGAGAUCCGACGAUGGGAGAAGAAGAAUGGUCACCGGCACCAUCCUAUCAUUGCUCUAUCAGCCAAUGUACUUGGCGAUGUCUACGCCAAGUGCGUAGAAGCUGGCUUCAACUCUUACGUCACCAAGCCUGUCGAAUUCAAGGAACUCUCUAUGGUCAUGACGAAAUUUCUGGAUCCUGUUGACAAGAACAAGCCACCCGAAUUCAUGCGCGUACGGAAACGAUAA